AUGGAAGAUGGGCCUAUUCUGACGGAUCAAACGGUGACAAACAGAACGGAAAACGACAAUGAGAAGGUUCUCCGGAAGUGUAAAUGCGGGUGGCAGAAGGUGACUUCUUUUAAAGGACUGCGUAUUCAUCAAGGGAGAAUGAAGUGUGGGAGUACUCCUGACCAGCAUAACCGCUCUGCUUCGGCAGGUCAGACGGAAGAGACCCAAUGCCAGGUGACAAACCACAGUGCAGAGGGUCCCAGCAAUGCUGAGGGGGAAACGUCAGUGGAAGCAGGAGGGGGGAUGAAUGCAGCGCCCGAGAGCGAAGCUCAUGCGGUCCCCCAGAGAGUUGCACAGUCAGAGAGCCAACGCAAACAUCCAGAAAGGCGCAAGAAGAUCAAGUGGCCAAAGGCCAAAAGCCAAGCAGAAUGGCGCAAGCUUGACGAUCACCUGAGAGCGGUACUGGAGCAUUCCCUGCGAGGGACUGUUGAGCGUAAACUAACCUCGCUGAGUAACAUCAUUUAUGAGGAGUGCAGAGAGAGGUUCGGAGAGAGCGCGACUAAGCGAGCCACAGCCCAGAGGCACAAAGGACGGAGGGAGAGGGACAUCAAGGGGCUUAUAACCAACAGGCGCCAGUUGCGUAAGAGGUGGAGGAAAGCAGCCGCGGAGGAAAAAGAAGGUCUCAAAGUGCUAUGGGAUGAUCUCAAGCAGCGUCUGGCCAAGCUGCGUCGGGCAGAGAGACUCAGAAGGCGCCGGAAACGAAAGGAGAAGGAAAGAAAAGACUUCUUCAAGGAUCCUUUCCGGUUUGCCCGUCAGCUCCUGGACGAAAAGCGAAGUGGAAAGCUGUCCAUUGCGAAAGAGGAUCUGGAACAACACAUCAAGGACCAGUAUAUGGAUUCAGCCAAAGAUACACCACUUGGCUCACCAGGCCAUGUGCCACGUCCAGAACCCCCAGAGACCCCUUUCGACACUUCCCCACCUAGGCUGAGCGAGAUUAAAGAAGUCCUUAAAAAAGCCAGAUCAGCCUCUGCACCAGGACCAAACGGGCUUCCUUACAAGGUGUAUAAAAACUGUCCGCAAGUGACCACUAUCUUGUGGAAGCUCAUGAGAGUUGUGUGGAAGAAGCAUUCCAUUCCAGCGGAGUGGCAAGAGGCAGUUGGAAUAUUUAUCCCCAAGGAGCAAAAUUCCAUCAACAUCAGCCAGUUCAGGACAAUUGCUUUACUGAACGUGGAGGGAAAAGUAUUUUUCUCUGUCCUGGCAAAAAGGCUAUCCAGCUUCCUCAACAACAACGGCUACAUCGAUACAAGCUGUCAAAAAGCCGGACUGCCAGGCUUUCCGGGGUGCAUAGAGCAUGCAUCCGUGAUCUGGGAUCAGAUACAGCGUGCCAAAAGAGAGAGGAGCAACCUCCACGUGGUAUGGCUCGACCUGGCAAAUGCGUAUGGCUCAGUACCACACAAGCUGGUUGAGUUUGCCCUAAAUUUCUUCCACGUUCCUGUGUGUGUCAGUAACAUCAUAGCCAAGUAUUUCAACAACCUACACAUGUGCUUCUCAGUAGAUGACUACAUGACAGGAUGGCAGCGGUUGGAAGUGGGAAUUGCCAUGGGCUGCUCCAUAUCACCAAUCCUCUUUGUGGCUGCAUUUGAAGUAUUACUCAUUGGAGCAAGGCAAAUGGUCAGAGGCCUAAAAACACCGUCAGGAGGAAGACUCCCCGCUCUGAGAGGUUUCAUGGAUGAUGUGACAAGCAUCCUACAGACCGCCCCAUGCACAGCACGACUCCUCAAGCGUUUCGACGAACUGAUCGUCUGGGCGAGGAUGAAGAUAAAGCCCGCUAAGUCCAGGAGCCUGUCAAUCAGGAAGGGUGUGAGAGAUGACAGGACAGUCUUCACAGCAGGAGGUGAGAAGAUUCCACUCCUGGCAGAGCAGCCCAUCCGAAGCCUCGGGAGGGAGUAUACAGCAGAGCUCUCGGACAGGCAGAUGGGUAGGGUGGUCCAGAAACAACUAAAAGAGGGGCUCGUAAGGAUCGACGGCAGCCAACUUCCUGGGAAGCUGAAGGUUUGGUGUUACCACUUCACACUUUUCCACCGAGUAAUGUGGCCGCUGAAAGUAGCCGAAAUUCCAUCUUCUCAGGCCAGUAAGAUGGACAGCAUCGCCAACGGUUAUAUCAGGAAGUGGCUGGGCCUCCCCCGCUGUUUCUCGGACACAGGUCUUUUUGGCAAGAACAUUCUGCAACUUCCUCUGAAGUCAAUCAAUCUGGGUUACAGGCAGGAGAAGACCCGCCUUGUACUGGAGUUGAGGGAAUCAAGAGACGAAGCUGUGAAGAGUGCAGCGGUGAUUGUCCGCACUGGACGAAAGUGGAAGGCCCAGGUGGAAGUGGACCAAGCUGUCUCGAGGCUGAAAUACAAGGAGAUUCUGGGAAGAGUCCAAGACAGCCGGGCAGGACUGGGAUGGGGGCAACCAGUCCAGUUCUGGUCCAAAGCCACGAGACAGCAGAGGAAGGCCAUGGUGGUGGAAGAGGUCACACAAGUGGCGCAAGACCAGUAUUGGAUCAAGGCCGUAUCCCAGGGAAAACAGGGGGCAUGGACUCGCUGGGAGGACACCAUUCAAAGAGUCAUAACCUGGGCCGACAUCUGGCGAACUCCUCAAUCUCGGCUCAGCUUCCUCGUGAGGGCAGCGUAUGACACCCUGCCAUGCCCUCGAAACCUCGCCCAGUGGUUCGGAAGCGAGGGUAAGUGCUCCCUGUGCAGCAAAGACAAUGCAGGACUUAAACACAUCCUUUCAGGUUGCAACGUCGCGCUAACGCAGGGGCGCUUCCGGUGGCGACACAAUCAGGUGCUGAGGAAGUUGGCAGAGCUGUUGGAGAGAUGCAGAGUCGGGGCAAACAACGCCACAGAUCCCCAUCGGCCAAACAUCACUUUCAUCAAACCAGGAGAGGUAGGACAGAAGACAGAGGCGGGAAGAUCAUCACUUCUGCUUACCCCUGCUGCUAAGAAAGUCCUCAUCAUUGAACUAACCGUGCCAUGGGAGGAGGGAAUACCAGUAGCACAUGAGUUCAAACGGUCAAAGUACAGCGACCUGGCAGAGGACUGCAAGGGGGGAGGCUGGUCUGCGUCCAUUCACCCCGUGGAGAUCGGAUGCAGGGGCUUCGUAGGAGGUUCUGCGACCCGGCUCCUGCGUGCGGCGGGAAUGACCGGUUCCAACCUGAGGAGGGCCAUCAAGGAGUUGGCAGAGGAGGCAGAAAAGGCAAGUUUCUGGAUGUGGCUAAGAAGGAGGGACAACACUUGGGGCUCAACACCCCAUUGAGGUCAGUUGCAGGGAGUGGCGCGGGGAGACGUCCCCGCUUAGCCACUGCCCCCCCACCGCGAGGUGUCCUGGCUUGGGGGCGAAACAUCAGUGAACGGUGGCACCAGCUGACGACCCUGCAGCUGACCUCCAAGUGCACUGGAGGAGGUGCGACAGGCAGAGAUGCCAAGCAGUUAGGU